AUGGUUGCCUUCGCGAACGCGCUAGGUUCAUCCGCCCUCUUCACGCCGGCCUCUCUAACGGCGUCUUCCUCCUUUUGCGGGUGCACGGUAUCGCACCGCCGCGCCCCGACUGCGCGCCUAUCGCGCCGCUCAUUUCUCCCGGGUCGCAUCGUGUGCGAGGAGGGUUUCAACUACAACAUCUACCAGGAUGGGAAGGACCGCGCCAAGCGCAUGGUGGACUCGUCCGACCGGUCGGUGACGGUGCAGAAGCCGCUGGGGCUGGUGCUGGAGGAGGGGCAGGACGGCAUGGUCUUCGUGGCGGAGAUGGACCCGGAGGGCAACGCGGCCGACUCUGGCGAGAUCAACGAAGGCGACAUCCUCGUCGCCGUGUCGGCCACCUUCGGCGAGGAAGUCUGGUCCACGCGCGGCGUGGGUUUGGACCGCGUCAUGAAGUCGAUCCGUAUCCGCGCCGGCGACUUUGUCACCCUCGUGGUGGAGAGCCCGGAGACGCUGUCAGAGCGCAAGUCCAUGGCUGCGGUCCAGGCCGAGAACCGCCGCACGGAGGCGAGGGAUAAGUUUGGCGAAAGGGAGGUGCUGGACCCCGUCACGUGGAGGUCCAACGCGCCAAAAGAAACACAGGCGACCUACGAAUAUGGAGACCCAGCGCAGGCCCAGAUUGACGAGCAGCUCAAGGAGAAGCUCAAAGCUGAGAUCUCCGCCCCGUAUGAGCAGAACUGGAUUCUAUGGGUGGGCGCGGGCGUGCUUGUGUUAGUUGUACUCAGCGUAGCGUUUGGGAUUACGGGAUAAAAAAGUGGAACAAAGGGGAAAGGGAUUCUCCUCAU